AUGGUGCACCCAGGAAUCAUCGCAGCCAGCGUCAUUGGCGUCGUGGUCACCGGCGUAGUUAUCUAUACUAUCCUCAAGGACGAGAUCAGCGACAUGUUCUCCUCCUUUGAGAAACAGAGUCCCGUCGGCGCCGGAGGUGGUGGCAGUAGCCAGCGGGAGCGAAGAGGCAGCGGGAACCAACAGAAAAACGAAGACGACCACUACCGUGACCAGUCGUCUUCUUCUUCGUCUUCCAUGUUCGACCACCAUUUCACUGAUUACGAAUUGCGACAACGUCGAACGAGGUCUAAUGGCAACAACCAUGACGACGAUGAGGAAGAGAAGGACUUUGACUGCGACCGGACCUUGUGA